GUCUCCCGCCAUCUUUCCAGCCGGCUUCCAAGAGGAGGAACACGUUGCUGGAAAAAAAAGAAGUUUCAACCCCGAUUAUUUGUCCCUGAACGUCGUUUCUCGUCGGGUUUCUUCGCAGCCGGGGGACGGGAGCCGAAGAGGGCUCCGCAGGUGCUAGCGUCCGUCAUUCCAGCCCUCCGUCAUGGCGGAUAAAAACACCAGGAUCGCCAUCGUCAACCACGACAAAUGCAAACCGAAGAAAUGCCGUCAGGAGUGCAAGAAGAGCUGCCCGGUGGUCCGAAUGGGUAAGCUGUGUAUCGAGGUGACUCCACAGAGUAAGAUCGUCUGGAUCUCAGAGUCUCUGUGUAUAGGCUGCGGCAUCUGCAUCAAGAAAUGUCCGUUCGGAGCGUUGUCGAUCGUCAACCUGCCCAGCAACCUGGAGAAGGAAACCACACACAGAUACUGCGCCAACUCCUUCAAACUGCACCGGCUGCCUAUCCCCAGGCCCGGUGAGGUGCUCGGGCUGGUGGGGACCAAUGGUAUCGGCAAGUCCACAGCUCUGAAGAUCCUGGCUGGAAAACAGAAACCCAACCUGGGCAAGUACGAUAAUCCUCCAGACUGGCAGGAGAUCCUGACCUACUUCAGAGGUUCUGAGCUGCAGAACUACUUCACCAAAAUCCUGGAGGACGACCUGCGGGCCAUCGUCAAACCGCAGUACGUCGACCAGAUCCCCAAGACCGUCAAGGGGUCAGUAGGGUCCAUCCUGACCAGGAAGGACGACACAGACACACAGACGAUCGUCUGUAAACAGCUCGAUCUGAGUCACCUGCGGGAGAGGAACGUGGAGGAUCUGUCCGGAGGAGAGCUGCAGAGGUUCGCCUGCGCCGUCGUCUGCAUCCAGAGAGCCGACAUUUUUAUGUUUGACGAACCGUCCAGUUAUCUGGAUGUGAAACAGAGGCUGAAGGCCGCCAUCACCAUCCGCUCUCUCAUCACCCCGGACAGGUACAUUAUUGUGGUGGAGCACGACCUGAGUGUGUUGGACUACCUGUCUGACUUCAUCUGCUGUCUGUACGGAGUCCCCAGCGCCUACGGAGUCGUCACCAUGCCCUUCAGCGUCCGAGAGGGUAUCAACAUCUUCCUGGACGGUUACGUCCCCACGGAGAAUCUCAGGUUUCGGGAGACCUCGUUGGUCUUCAAGGUGGCGGAGACGGCCAACGAGGAGGAGGUGAAGAGGCUCAGGCACUACCAGUAUCCAGAAAUGGGGAAGACGAUGGGCGAGUUCACACUGGAGAUCAAAGCGGGAGAGUUCACGGACUCUGAGAUCAUGGUGAUGCUGGGAGAGAACGGAACGGGGAAGACCACCUUCAUCAGGAUGUUGGCUGGAGGACUCAAAUCUGACGGAGGAGGUGAGGUUCCCAUCCUCAACUUAGCUCGUGAUCACUGUAAGACUGUCCAUCCAGACUUAAAGUACCAAGCCUCAAAUAUUUUCCAGGAGGGAGGAAGAGGAGGUGUUACACGAGAGAGGAAGAGACAUGUUAACGACUCUGGUAGUGCCUUGCAUGCCUCUUCACCUCCUCCUCGCCUUGCCGUCUCCGCCACCUUUGAAGACCCAACCGACCUCCUGCUCCUGGUCUCCCCCGAACCUGAGGAUCCUCUGGUGGCGCACUGUACACCGUAG